UCUCUGAAAUCAAUAAGAAUAUACUUAAAAAUAUAUUAAAAAGUAAAUAAAGAGAACGUGGCCUUAGCUCGCUCCCUUCUCAUUCAGCGUUUCCUGCUCCCGGGGGAUUUUCCCGGGUUGAUUGGCGGGAGCAGCGUUACCAUGAGCCCCACAUCAGGGGUGCCGCCUCCCACCGAAAGCAAGAAAGCAUCAGGCUUUAAAAAUAGCUCAUCGCCAGCUCUCCUUCACUGAGGGCGCAGGCUGGCAUUCCCCUCAGGUCUUCCACAUGAGCAAGGUCGGGCGGGCGGGGCAGAGGGAGUGAGUCACCCACUUGGCAGGUGAGGUCAUGGUGGGGUGACCGUCUGCACAGAGCAGCUCCCGCCUCCCACGCCUCCCCCUCCCGGGGCAGCCGGGUCACCGCCGGCUGAGCUGCAAGUCUAGCAGCUUUGGUGCGAUGUUCAGCGGGAGACAUUCCUCUUUAUGACUCAGUGACUCGACAUCCCAACAGAUGGGCUCCUGAGGCCUCGAGGGACCGAAGCCGGCACUGGGGUCGGGACCCCGGGCUGCCAGGGCAGGGUCCGCAGCCCUAGGAAGGGCGGGCGGGGGCUCGCGUCCCGUCCGCUGGAAUGCUAGCUAUCUGGGACAUGGUGGGACGGACCUGCGGGGGCUUGCCGGCCCUGGUUCAGACACCCCAAGAGAGUGGCACCCGGAAGCCGGCGGUAAAUAUUUGCCGAAUGGCUCCUGCUCUGCAGGAGGCAGCGGCCAGCACACGUCCCCAGCGCCGCCGAGACAGACAUGCAGCCUUGCUGGGCGUUCACAGCGCUGGCAAGUUCUCGCGGGGCCGCCGGAAACGGCGCGGGGCGUAUUUUUGUGGCACUGACACAGGUUUCACGUGGACAGCUCUGGUUGGCACAAAGCACCCUAAUGUUUACGCAGGAAUCAGCUCCGUGGUCACCCUCCUCCAAGAAGCCUUCCCAGAUUCGCACCUGCCAGCUGCGGGAGCCGCCCCUCCUCUGGUGCUGACUCACCGGGACUCACGUCUGUCAUCACCCUUAUCACAGGUGUUCCUGGAAAAUCAGGAGCUGCGGCACCAGCCGCCACCCCCACCCACAGCUGCCAGAGCGCCACCUCCAGGCAGGCAGGCAGGCACCCGGCUGCAGGCCCCGCCCAGCGUGGCAGCUCACACCCUCCGUCCCUCGAAUAGGCUGACCUACAAGCCUAUCUGCUCCAUCGGUUAUCACAGCCCCCAGCUGCAGCGCACACACCCCUGAGGAGAGGGCGGGUCUCGGGCAUCCCCACUUCCUGACAAUAAAUGCUCAAUAAAUAUUAACCGUCCUGG